AUGGCAUCACUUCUUUUUCCCUUCUGCGUCCGUCCCAGCGCAGCCCGCAUCCACAAUAGCCAACCCCCCUCGCAACAGACGCAAAACCUCCCCAUCCGCGAGUCCAAGAGCGCAAAGUCCCCCGCACCGUCGGACAAUCAAUCUAGCAAGAACAAAGAUGCCUCCAAGCCUGCAGCGGCUUUCUCUGAUGCCGCUGCCGCUGCGGGUACCGACAAGCCGCUCACCCCCGCAGAGUUGAAAAAGAAGGCCAAGGCAGAGAAAGCUGCUCGGCGCGCGAAGGAAAAGCUCGCCAAAGAAGCCGGUGGAGCUGGUGCUGCAGGCGGCUCAGCUCCUGGAGCUAUUCAAAGUCGUCCUCCGGCGACCCCAAAGAAGGAUGCCGCCGGAGGCGCAUCGCAGAAGGGACAGAAGGCUGCGCAGCCCCCGCCGCGGAUCUGCUCCUACUGGCCAGACUGCUGCGGACGAGCCGACGAAAAAGGAGGAUAA